AUGCGAAAGAUCGUCAAGGCCGUAAUGCGAUCGUACCACCUACGAAUACCAAAAUACGACAUGCCUAUACGCAUACGUCCGUGGUUUAUAGCAAUCACCUUCGGCGUGAUGCUUGCGCUUGCGUUCCUCGGAUUCACAAACUUCAGCCACGCGCUGCCUCUAAAUGACAAGCUGUUGCACUUUAUAUGCCUUGCAAUAGCAACCGGGGUGUUCUACUUCAUAUGGGACGUGGAAGAGGACGCUCGAAGAAUAUGGAUCUGGCGUCAUGCGGGACUCAUACUGACGGGGAUCAUCUGCUUCCUGUUUGGGGGGAUUAUGUCAGAGAUCGUCCAGUCUCUUCUUCCUUACAAGCAAUUUCAAAUUGGCGAUGUCAUAGCCAAUAUCCUUGGAUCCGCUGUCGGGCUUUAUACUUCGUACUAUCUCGAGAAGUAUUACCGGCAUCGACGCGAGAUAUCUCGCUUGUACCAGCCGCUGAAUGCCGAUCAGUUGUCUGAUGACGACGACGACGCGUUAGAGGGCACCCUCCCGACGCAUUACCAGCCCUAUAAUCCUUCUCCCUAUCCAUCUCAUGCAGGCGCGCCAGCCACACCUCAGAGCGCGUCAAAACCGAAUGUGCCCCCUAAACGUCAGGACAGGCUAGGCGACGUGUGGGAUGAGCGAGAGGAUAUCUUCGAUAUCGGCGGGGACAGCGACGAGGAGCAUGAAGUCCGCACGCCCCAGAUAGUGGUCUCUCCACCGAAGUAA